UUUUUGUUUUCAAGCAAAGCGGUCGGUGUAGUCGGAAUUUUUUUUGAAAUUUGUCUUGUGCGCGCAUAACCAAAAUUGAAAGAAAACGGGGAUGAAAAAACUUUAAAAGCCUGCCAUCAGAGAAUUAAAACAACACAAGAAAAUUUAGAGCACAAAAUUUUAGGUGAAAACUAAACACAAAAGCCAAAACGACUUGCACCUGUUUUUGGUAUUAUCCCUAUCUCUUAUUUGCCACUUGUCUUCUGCGUGCGUGUUUGUGUGUGUGACUUGUGUGUGUGUAUCCUGUUUGUCCUGCGAGGGUGUGUCAAAUUCCAGCACAAGGAAAAACAUCAUCAAAAUGUCUGUCUCAUCGAAUGCCUCCUCCCGCAAUGGCAGUGUGGAUGAUAGCACAACAACAAAUACAACAAACACCACUGAUAGCUCCGAAUUGACGCACAUUCUUAAUCGCCGGCAGGAGAUAAUGGACUCACAGGAAGCUGGCAUUGAAUUGCCCAAAACAUUUAGAGUGGUCAAUGUCUAUACGGAAUUCCAUGAGUUUUCCCGUAAACAAAUCAAGGACUACCAAAAGACCUUCAAUACCUAUGACACUGCACGUGAUGGUUUCUUGGAUUUAAAUGAGCUCAAGUUCAUGAUGGAGAAACUGGGAGCACCACAGACCCAUUUGGGCUUAAAGAAAAUGAUUGCCGAGGUGGAUGAGGAUAAUGAUGGCAAAAUCUCAUUCCGUGAAUUUCUAUUGAUCUUUCGCAAGGCUCAGGCCGGGGAAUUGGAUAAUGAUUCUGGGCUAAAUCAAUUGGCACGUCUCACCGAAAUCGAUGUGGAACAGGUGGGCGUAAGUGGUGCCAAAAACUUCUUUGAGGCCAAAAUCGAACAACAGAUGCGCACGAAUAAAUUCCAUGAUGAGAUCAGGCAAGAGCAGGAGGACCGUCGUCGCGAGGAGGAGGAGAGGGCUCAGCGUCGUCAACAGUUCCAGCAGCGUGCGGCCAUUUUUCAAUAGAUAGAUAGAUAGAUCGACAUUUAUCUGUCCAUAAGGAUGCAAGGCAAUGCUGAAUCCAAUUAUACCUAAAGUAGUUUAGAAAUAAAAUACAUUUUUCUGGGCGUAGGUUAAAAUAAAUACAUACAUGUAUGUGGCAUGAUGAACCACGGGUUAAAGCAUUUUUACAAGCACAUCACCGAACUAAAUAUUCAUAUAAUACCUAUAUUAAUUACUGAUCUAUCCAUACACACAUACAUACAUAUAUAUAAUUCAUAUACCAUGCAAUACAAUAUACACGAUAUGAGAUGAUGAUACGCUGCAUCACGUUUAUACCAAAAGCCUAAAUUCUAGUUAAAUAAUAAUAAGUUUUGCAAAUUGUUUCUAGUUUUAAGUUUUAUGCGUUUUUAUUUUAUCACACUUUUUUUCUAUUUUUAUUUGUUAAAAAGCUGGAUUUUUAUUUUAUUAUUUCCAUUUUUACACGUUUCUUUUGAGUGUUUUCUUUUUUAAAUGUAGUGUGCCAUUUUUUUAAGUUUUCCGUUUAUCAAUUUGCUUUAUUUCCUUUAUUUUUUCUUGUGUAAAUGUUAUGUUAAUAAUUUAGAUAAAUCAAAAUUAAGUCCAUUUUUAUGUAUAUAUUCGAAUUCCGAAAAGAAAAAACUCUAUGUGUCGAUCGUUGGGAAUCAUAAUAAAUUUUGUUCUAUUUAA